AUGGCAGCCACGGACCAGCUCACCAUCAAAGGCGACCCAGCCCACCUCCUCCCUCCAUCAUGGAAGCCUCAAAUCACAGCCUGGCUGGCCGAGGACACGCCCUCGUUCGACUACGGCGGCUUCGUCGUGGGCGACAAGCAGCGCACGGCCACGCUGCUGUGCAAAAGCCCCGGCGUCCUUGCCGGACGGCCGUUUUUUGACGAGGUCUUUACCCAGUGCGGCUGCACCGUCCAGUGGGAUUUCCCCGAGGGCGCCAGCCUGGACCCUUCAUCUGCCGGCGGAUCCGGAUCCGGAUCAGGCAAGGUCAAGGUCGCAGUGGUAACGGGUCCCGUGCGCGGGAUCCUGCUCGGCGAGCGGGUGGCGCUCAACAUCCUCGCGCGGUGCUCGGGCGUCGCGACGGCCUCGCACAAGCUCGUGUCGGCCAUGCGCGGCGCCGGCUUCCAGGGCAGAGUCGCCGGCACCCGCAAGACCACGCCCGGGUUCCGCCUGGUGGAAAAGUACGGCAUGCUGGUCGGCGGGGCCGACGCGCACCGCAUGGACCUGAGCAGCAUGGUCAUGCUCAAGGACAACCACGUGUGGUCGCGCGGGAGCAUCCGGGACGCCGUGGCCGUCGCCAAGGCCGCCGCCGGCUUCAGCGUCAAGGUCGAGGUCGAGGUGCAGAGCGAGGCCGAGGCCGACGAGGCCAUCGAUGCCGGCGCCGACGUGGUCAUGCUGGAUAAUUUCACCCCCGCUCAGGUCAAGACCUCGGCGGCCAGCAUCAAGGAGCGCUGGGCCGCCAAGAGGCAUUUCCUGCUCGAGAUCUCGGGCGGCCUGACCAUCAACAAUGUGGAGCCAUAUGUGUGCAAUGAUAUCGACAUUAUAUCCACAAGCUCCAUACACCAGGGUGUUCCUCAUGUAGACUUUUCCCUCAAACUUGACCAUUAG